GCGAGUGCGAUCUCGGUGGGGAGUACAGCUCAGCGCGCACGACGAUGCUCAGCGCGCGUAGAACAGAAGGAGCUGCUGAUGCCUCGUCGUCGUGUGUCAUCCGCCGUCUCUCUGUCUCUGGCUGUGUAUGUGUGUGUGUGAGAGUGUUUCUGGUGCGCGAACCGAAUUGUACUGCGCGCGCGAUAUACGAGGGUUCGCGUUUACUCACCUACCUACCGGGGGUCAGUGAGGCUCGCGCUUUCGAGUUGCAAGCACUGCGCCGCUGCUCUGCUCUGCUGACGCGAGGCUCUCGUGGUUUAUUGUUUCGCUGCUUCUUCUUCUUCUUCUUCUUCUUUUUCAUUUUCGGUUUUUUCGAAUUCGCUCUUCGACUCGUUGGAUUCUCCGAGGAACAGGCUUGGAAGGAUCGCUACGCUGGAUCCUGCCUACGAUGUUAAGAUUAGACACGACAAGGAUAUGCGGGCCGUUGGUCUGCCUAGCUGCCUUCGCGAUCUUGUACUGCCAAGCUCGCCCCGACUACACGGGCCUAACAGGACCCUACUGUGCCACUCGUUACAAUGAGCUCAACUGCUGUCCUGGUCGCAUGGACAACUGCAGCGUGCCGAUUCUGGGCACAUUGUGCUACUGCGACGACUUCUGCAACAAUCGCACCGACGACGAUGCUGAUUGCUGUCCCGAUUUCUUCUCUUACUGCAAGGGUUCCGGUGACGAUAGACCUGGCGACAUCAAUUUAGGAUGGUGCUACGAUAAUGGAAGGAGAUACGACGCUAACAAGACCGUCAAGAAAAACUGUAACGAGUGCAAGUGCAUCGCUCCAGACGGCGAAGGCGAGCUUCUCUGCGAGACUAAUGUUUGCCUGAUGGACCAAGAGAUCAUCAACGAGAUCAACUAUCUCGAGAGUCCUGGAUGGAUCGCCAGGAACUACUCCAAGUUCUGGGGCAGGACAUUCGACGAUGGAUUGAAGCUCAGGCUUGGAACCAUCAACCCAUCUCAAUCGACACGACAAAUGCUACCGGUCACCCGACACUACAACCCGAAUGACCUUCCGCGCGAAUUCGACUCGAGAAUCCAGUGGGGAAACGACAUCACACCCGUUCAGGAUCAGGGCUGGUGCGGAGCCUCCUGGGCUAUCUCGACCGUCGACGUCGCCUCCGACAGGUUCGCCAUCAUGAGCAAGGGUAUCGAGAAGGUUCAGCUCAGUGGUCAGCAUCUGAUCUCCUGCAACAACAGAGGACAGCGAGGCUGUAAGGGUGGAUACCUCGACAGAGCCUGGCUCUUCAUGCGCAAGUUUGGAGUCGUCGACGAGGACUGCUACCCUUGGCUCAGCGGAAGGUCGGACAAGUGCAGAAUACCCCGCAGAGGUAAGCUCUCCGACGCCGGCUGCCAAAGACGAAACUCGUACAAUUUGCGAAACGAAAUGUACAAAGUCGGACCUGCCUACCGACUUGGCAACGAGACCGACAUCAUGCAGGAGAUCCUCACCUCUGGACCCGUGCAAGCUACGAUGCGUGUGCACCGCGACUUCUUCCACUACGAGUCUGGAAUCUACGUCCACUCGAGACCCUUCGACACUCGCCAGAGCGGCUAUCAUUCUGUGAGGAUUGUCGGAUGGGGCGAAGAGCCUUCGCCUUACAACGGCAAACCCAUCAAGUUCUGGCGUGUGGCCAACUCCUGGGGACGAGACUGGGGCGAGGACGGCUACUUCAGGAUCGUCCGAGGCAACAACGAGUGCGAGAUCGAGAGCUUCGUCCUGGGAGUCUGGGCGAACACAGCUCGUAACGCAGUCUAGAGAUGCCAACUGCAGCAUUUAAGCCGCGAUGCCAUUAUAUCACUUUGAGUCAUGCCUGCUGAUAAUUUCACAAGGAAAAAGCGGCCGACGACUCGUGUACUUCUCUUUUACACACCUUUCGUUUUAAGAUUGCGAGAUGAUAGAGCGUUAUUUAUAUAUUACUGUACAACGUUAAGAUUUUUUUUAAUUUCAUGUGAUUAUAUACUUCGCGACCUUGCUUGUUCAGAGGUCCGUACGGCGUAUAAGUGUGUCUCGUUUAUUUUCGAAUCUUCUCAUAUUUACGCGCGCUGUUUCGAGAAAUCAUUGCUCUUCUUUUUCAUUUAUUCCAAAAAUUUUGUAUCCUCUCCUUUCGUUUGAUUCUCUCUUGUUUUUUUAUCGUGCAACGAUAGAAACAUUUCAAAGAUGAAUAAUCAAGUAUUUAUCGUCGCGUUACGUGUAUUUAUUAGUAUACCAUGUGAAAAUCGCCGAUGCAUGUCUCUAAUCUUAGAUAAGGCUGUAUUUUUAUUCAGAUUUUUUUUAUUUAUUUUAAAAGUAGCUAUUAUUUACGUAGAAUAUUAUGAAAAGAAAACACGUAAGCUUACUCGAACGAACAAAUUCAAGUGCCAACUUUUUCGAAUUUUCAACUCUUGUCGAAAAUAACAUUUGCAAAGACAAUCGUGCGAAGUAACACGCGAAGCCAAUUGUAUCAAAAUUAUUUUUUAUGGGAUAGUACUAGUUUUUAUAUCUAUUGUAUUAAAUAUAUGCUGUGCCUUAUUACAAAGGAUAUUCAAAUGUGACAAAUGUAUAAAUUUAUGAAUGAUCAUUCAAAAUAUGGACACAUAUGUCUGAAUGAUUGAAGUGCUUUUUAAAUAAAUCUUUGAUUAAUUUGAUUAUCUCGGCUACUUACUGUCAUCGAUGAUGAAGCUACUCGUCUUUGAUAAGAAUCGUAAAUUUUUUAUUGAAAUUUAUGCAUACGAAUCUUGCUGACUGUAGAUAUUAAAAACUGUGUGUACUUAACAGCGCCUGCAGUUGUGCCAAUCGUGCGAUAAUAUUGUAGAAAAUUUACAACUUUUUUGACACUACUUUUUACGUAUGCAUAUAUUUAUGCUUUUCGCCAGUUCCAACAAGUAAAAGUCAUAUAUCUACACACUAGUUAGAAAUGCUAAUAUUGUGGAAACAUUUUUUUAACUGUCGAUUUAAUGAACUUUAUAUAGCAGCGCAAAAUUUGGCAUAUUCUUAAUAAAUACUGUAGAUUUACUGAUAUUAGUUCGUUUAUUCUAGAACAUAAUAUGUGAUGUAAUAAUUAUGCAGAUUAGCGAAUAAGGCGUUAUCAUCAGUUUUUAUAAAAGUAUUUCUGCAUAUCUCUGACUUUACCUUAUUUUAAUAGAAUGACCCCAAGAUAGUUAUUAGCGAAGGGAGUAUACAAAUGUAAACAUUUGUUCACGUCGAUGUAACCGUUAAAUAAAUGAAAUAUUUUAUUUA